GAGUUUUGAUUGGUCAAUGGACGCUAUACCUCUUGUCCAGAGUAUUUUUGAUUGGAGGAACUCAUUGUCAAUUAUAUUUUAUAGCUGUCUUUUCGCACUUGGUAUAAGCGCGUUGAGAAGGGUCAAUUUAGAGAAUKUUAAAAGGAUGUUUGUGGAAUUAAAUGCWAAUUAUAAGGGACUGGGUCCCGAGUAUGCACGCAUGCAUAAUGGAAUGAAUGGAACGAAUGGAAUCCGCAAGAGAAUCAUCAAUCGAUCCAAACAUAAUAUUCAAAUAAGUCCAAAGGAACGCCGUAAAAUCCCCGAGGCUAAAACUCAACCGAGCAUGCCUGGGGACGACAUUUAUACGUCACAUGACUGUCAAUCAUUUCUUGUCUCCAUGGCGAUAUUAAUACUUCCCUUCAUACCAGCGUGCAAUCUGUUUUUCUAUGUGGGUUUCGUGGUGGCUGAACGAGUGUUGUAUAUUCCUAGUGUAGGGUAUUGUAUAAUGGUUGCGAUAGGUUUAGAUUUGUUGUUGAGGUAUUGUGGWARUAGUAGGAGAAGGUGGGUGGUUGGUUGGGUUUGUGUUUUGUUGGUAUUGUUUUCAGUAAAGACGGUUAAUCGUAACAUGGACUGGAAGGACGGAGAAACACUUUACAGAUCCGGAAUUUAUGUAAACCCUGCAAAAGCAUGGGCAAAUCUUGGCACAAUACUCAGCGGUAAAGGAAAAAUGUUGGAGGCAGAAGCGGCGUACCGCAAUGCAUUGUCUUAUCGAUCCAACAUGGCGGACACACAUUACAACCUUGGUGUGUUGUUGGCUGAUCGAAAGCAAUACCAGGACGCGGUUGUAUGCUACCAGUACGCCAUUGCAUAUCGACCCUCUCUUGCGCUUGCUCAUCUGAAUCUUGGAAUCGCUUUAGAACAUCUCGGUCGUCAUGGUGAUGCUAUCAGAGUUCUUCGCAAUGCUUCCACUUUAAGCGAACACGGACUAAAGGACCCUAAGGCACACACUACAGCAGUUCAUAAAAUAAAGUACAAUCUUGGUAGAAUUCUAGCAGAUAAAGGAAACCUGAAGGACGCAUUUGAGGUCUAUCACGAUGCAGUACGGACGCUUCCUUCACACGUGGAACCUCACAGCUUAUACAACAUGGUUGGCGAGGCGUAUAACAAGGCUGGCAUGCAAGAACAAGCCGAAAAAUGGUACAAAAUGUCAAUACAAAGUAAACCCGAUCACGUGCCUGCGCAUUUAACUCUUGCUAAGCAUUAUGGGAAAACGAAUCGUGUACAGGAAGCAUUAAAUCUAUUCAGAAGGGCACAACAACUCCAACCAAGCGACUAUUCUGUAUGGACGCACUUUGGUCAGUUCUUGUACGAGCGAAGGAAUAUCGCCAGUGCUGCAGAAAUGUUCGUUAAGGCUAGUUAUCUUAAACGCGAUGAUUUUGAUAUAGUUUUUACAGCUGCGAAUUACCUAAGGGAGGCUGGAAAAAAAGAAAAGUCGAGAGAAUAUUUCACAAAAGCUGCGAGGAUCGAUCCACAGAACCCCAUUGCGCACAUGAACCUGGGCGCUAUUCAUCAUGUCCUCGGAGACUACGAGCAGGGCGAGAAGAGUUACCUAAUGGCMUUAAAGCUAAAACCAGGCGACGAAAUGACCCAAGAAAAUCUAAAAAAACUCAGGGCAUUGAAAACAAAGAAAAGUAAAAAGACUAAGUAGUCACUGGUGUUUGUGCUGAGGUUGCUGGUGUAUACAAAGAGUAUCAUUGUGUCUAUAUCUGCUAACCUACAGUGAAGAUGUCCCCAUGCUGAGGAAGUUAGCGGGGUCCCUGUGGCAGGACGUUUCUGUGUGUCUGAGAGAGGCUGGGGACAAGAAUUUUCAAUAGAGGAUGUUAUUUUUGGAGUUGGCAGAUUAGAAGCUCGACAAGAAGUUGCGAAGCAAGAUACCGAUCAAUUGUAUGACAAUUCGCGUAUCUGUUAAAUACCUAAGUGCGAAAACGUUGUCCUGAGAUCUAGCCGCGAUUUAUAAACAAAGGAACAAAAGAUAACCAGUUAAGUUGAAGUCAGUUCUCAAAUCCUUUUUCUUCUAAAACGUUUUUUUCAGUUAGGUCCAUUUAUAGCAACUGGUAAAUUUAAUUUAUUGUGACAUGGAAUGAAAAGACGAAACGUUUGGCGUGACAUAACGUGACAAUUUUUUAAUUUAAACCUAGGAUGUGUUAAACACGAGCCAGGAAAUAUUUUACUUUAUUUGUAUUUGCUCAAAGCAGAAUUAGAAUAUUUCAACAAGUGCCUAAAUA